AUGUCUGCCCAAUACCUCGACGUACCCGUUCUUCCAGCGGAUGCUGCCUUUGGCUUGCUAGCCGAGUUUGAUGCAGACCAACACCCAAAGAAAGUCUCAUUAAUUGCUGGGGCCUAUCGGGAUGAAACGGGCUUGCCUUGGAUCCUUCCCAGCGUGAAACAAGCGAAAGAGCACAUUGCGGCCGACCCUAGAUCACACCAUGAGUAUCUUGGUAUUGCCGGGUCUCCUGUAUUUCUGGAUAUCGCUAGAUCACUCGUCUUUGGGCCUGAGCUAGCCGAAAGCCGGAACAUUGCAAGCAUCCAAGCUGUUUCUGGUACUGGAGCAAAUCAUCUGGCCGCCUCAUUUCUCGCCAAGCACUUGAAGCCCCAGAAUGUCUUUAUCCCAGAUCCUACCUGGGUAAACCACAAAACAGUCUGGGCUGUGGCAGCUCCUGAAGUAAUUCAGAAAGAGUACCCAUACUACGAUCCAAACACGCGGUCCGUCAAGUUCGCCGAUAUGGUUUCGAUGUUGGAGGCAGACGCACAACCAAACGACAUGGUCAUCCUUCAAGCAUGUGCCCACAACCCCACAGGACUGGACCUAACCCGCGAUCAAUGGAAGCAGCUAGCAGACGUAGUUUUGAAGAAGAAAUUGUUCGUCUUGUUCGAUAGUGCCUACCAAGGUUUCGCAACCGGAAACGUGGAAGGCGACGCAUGGUCAGUGCGGUAUUUCACAGAGCGUCUACUCUCGAGCCCAGACCCCGGUCAGAGGAUUCCCGGGCUAUGUGUUGCACAGUCGUUUUCCAAGAACUUUGGACUCUACGGUGAACGGGUGGGCGCUCUACAUCUAGUCGCUCCGUCAGACGUUUCCAUUCAAGGAGCCAGAUCUCAGCUGUCACUUAUUGCGCGCGCAGAGUACUCAAAUCCGCCUCGAUUUGGUGCUCAGAUUGUUCAAACUGUCCUCACAGAUCCAUUGCUCAGACAGCAAUGGCAGCAGGAUCUGAGCACCAUGAGCUCACGUAUAAUGAGCAUGCGGAAACGAUUGCGGACGAGAUUAGAAGAAUUUGCUACCCCGGGGGAUUGGUCUCACAUUGAGUCUCAGGUUGGGAUGUUUUGCUAUACUGGGUUAAGUAAGGAGCAUGUUAAUAGAUUGAAGGGGGAGUAUCAUAUCUAUCUGAUGCCUUCUGGACGAGCUAGUCUCUGUGGGCUGAAUGAGGGGAAUGCUGACUAUGUCGCGAGGUGCAUCUCAAAGGUAGUGAAGGAGAUCUGA